AGAAAUUGGGUUUCAACUUGUUUAUUUACAAGUGAAUUUUGGGCAAUAAAUUACCUGAACUUAAAGUAUCGCUGAGGUAUCUCUAAAUUUGCUCUAAGCGGAUCUGCUAGUGUCAAAGUAACAUAGUUUCACUGUCCUCAGGCAAUGUUGAACUGAUUUUAUUUCGAGUAAGCUCAGCUCGUGAUAGGCUGUAGGAUAAUAUCUUGAACCGACCGCCUUUUGCAGUUUUGCCAGUUCUCUUAGUUCACCUUUGAGGGUUGAAGUUGAGGUAUUUUCAUUAUCAGGAACAAGGGGUCAGCAUAAGACAGAAGAUGGACAUGUUCUCUCUCGUGUGUCUUCUUUUCCUCCUUCAUUAAUCAAUUGGCGUGAGUUACACAUUGGGACGUAACUCACACCCCUCCCACCCUGGUGAACGUGAAAUUUCAUCGCGUACCUGGUGCAACUAAGUUUUCCAACUGAUCCAGCUGGCGCCUUCAUUUCUCAUUUGCUUCCAGGCAUGGAUGUCUUUACUCUUCCACAGUGCGUCGCACAGAUCAAUGUUAUUUUAGUGCUUACUAAAAGCAACAUGGAGGAGAGAACAGGGCUCUUAUUUCUCGUUGUGCUGAGUGCUGCUUGGAUUUGUGAUGCAAGAGAAAUGGCUAAUCCUGGUCUUUGGAGAAACAAUACUGCAAAAUCAGACUCUUCGGAACUAGCCAAGAAAAAAGAUGUUUGUGCACUUUGUGAGGAAUAUACUUCUGAGGCUCUUGAUUUCCUGACUAAAAAAGAGACCCAGGAUGAGAUCAUUGAUAUCCUUUACCAUACAUGUCAAAAGCUGCGCCCUUUAGAGCAGGAGUGCUUAAAUUUGGUGGACCUUUAUGCUCCCCCCUUUUUCUCAAAACUAGCUUCAUUGCAACCUGGAGAACUUUGUAAAAAGGCCAAUCUAUGUCAGCGAAUUGCAAAGGUUUCAUCUCAAGUCCAAGAAGAUAGUUGUGGAUUUUGCAGAGAUGCUGUCUCAGAAGUAUUGGUUAAGUUGAAAGAUCCUGACACCGAGCUAGAUGUAAUCGAGACAUUAUUGAAGGCGUGCAAUUCCAUAGAGAAGUAUGCACAAAAGUGCAAGAGGCUGGUUUUCGCGUACGGACCUGUGAUGCUUUUCAAAGCGGAGAAGUUCCUGGAAAGAACGGAUAUAUGCACUGCAUUACGUGCUUGCAAAGCUUCCACAAUUGAUAUGGAAGCCAAAGACAUGAAAGAAACUCCCUUGCUUUCCGACUUUUAAUUAUUGAAGUGAAAGAAGCCUCCUUGGAAAGAAAUAGAUACUACCAUCACUCUGCAAAGUUACAAACAAUAGCAUAUUUGCGCUUCACUUCUAUAGCAGCUGUGUCUGCGUCAGAAAUUAAAUUGCUUGUAUCCACUUCAUGUGCUUCUUAUACGAUCGCUUCUGAUACUUGCUGAAGAAUCAGACCUGAUAAUAUAUGCAUUUAAUCAUUCUGAGAGCGCGGUAUUUGUCUCGGCA